AUGCCGGCGGAGACGGAUGCCAUGGUUGGAAUCCUUCGAUGCAAACCAGGCCUGAGGGACCGGUCAACCUCGGAGAUUUUUGGCGCGUCGGUCCUUAUGAUCGCGCAUCUUGCCUUAUACCUCCACAAUCCAUUUAAUUCCGAGCUCAUCUCGGCGAUCUGGCCCUUGAAACUCGACAUGGACGCUGACGACGAGGCCGUCAUUGCGUUGGAAAUCGAAUAUGGCCCUCGAAUGCCGGAUAAGUUGUCCAUUUCGACAUUUACAACGAUAGAGCAGGCCCUCGCCGCCUACCAGCUACUUAUACCGCAAGAACGCGCCAUAUCGACAGAAUUUUGGACCGAAUUCUCAGCAAAAUGGAUGCUAUGGGGUCUGAAGGCGUGCAUGGCGAUAUUCCUUGCGUCUGGAGGUGGGAUUGUGCCGCGAGAGUUCCAGCUCAGAGCGACAAUGGCGGUGUGCUCGGGAUUCGACGCCCUCAUCGACGUUGGGACUGGAUACGGCAAAACAUUUUGUAUGCCCCCCGGAUCUCUUGGAGCAAUGGAGCGAUCUUAUCUUCCAGCGAACGCUUUCCUCCCCGAAUUCCAUGGCGCUCGGGCUCGUCUGGAACCUGCGCAAGCGUCCUGGGGCGACAGGUUACAUACCUCGAAGUUUUGGACGCUUCUGGAGCUGGAGAGUGUCUUCCAGGUUGGUCCUGGCCCCCAGCUUCGCGUUCAUACCCAGGCAAGCCCCCCCGAGCUUCCUCCAGCUGUCCAGCUCGGUCCUCUGCGGAUUCGACGGUUUUUGAUCGCAAAACAUGCCUUCGUAUACGUCCUGAAGGCUCCCCAAGGCUGGUAG